AUGGAAGGCCUCUGUAACCUCUUCUUACCUUCGUCUACAACCGUUCAUCUCCACCAUUUCCCGGCGAACACUCUAAGCAACCAGAAUCACCCCAGUUUCAAAAUCAAAUCUUCAACAGUCUCUCCUCAAUCUCAAUCUCAAUCUCAAACACCCACAAGGAAAAAACACCGAGAUUUCGAUGAAAAAUAUCUAUUCCCGUCAUCGAUACCAAUCCACACCAAGAACCCUAUUGCCAUUUAUAAAGAUAUUCAAAGAUUCGCCAAGCAAAACAAGCUCAAAGAGGCUCUAACUAUAUUGGAUUACUUGGAAAAACGCGGUGUGCCUGUAAACCCAACUACAUUCUCCGAACUCAUCGCGGCAGUUGUUCGAGUGAAGUCGUUAUCCAUCGGGAAAGUGAUUCACACUCAUAUCCGUAUCAAUGGGCUUGAAAAUAACGAGUUUUUACGAACUAAGCUUGUUAAUAUGUACACCUCAUGUGGGUCGGUUGAAGAUGCUCACCACCUGUUCGACGAAAUGCCAACAUCCAGUGUCUACCCUUGGAACGCAUUGCUCAGGGGCAAUGUGGUUGUGGGUGGUAAGAACCAUCAUAAAAUCCUCGAAACAUUUUCACGAAUGAGGGAAUUAGGCAUCGAAUUGAAUGUUUACACAUUCUCUUGUUUGCUCAAAAGUUUGGGUGGAUCCUCGGCCCUUUAUCAAGGUUUAAAGACCCAUGGACUAUUAAUCAAGAACGGAUUCAUAGACGAUUCAAUCGUAACCACUUGUUUGAUCGAUAUGUACUUCAAAUGCCAUAAAAUCAAACUCGCCCGCCAACUAUUCGAAGAAAUGUGCGAAGAUCAACGCGACAUGGUCUUAUGGGGAGCUAUGAUCGCGGGUUUUGCACACAAUCGGCUUCAAAUCGAAGCCCUAGAUCACUUCCGUUUGAUGCUAAAACAACAAAUACCUCCAAAUUCCGUUAUCUUAACCACAAUCCUCCCCGUGAUUGGUGAUAUUUCAUCCCGAAAACUCGGUCAAGAAAUACACGCAUACAUAAUCAAAACAAAAGAGUACUCAAAACAGUUGCCUAUCCAAUCCGGUUUAAUCGAUAUGUAUUCCAAAUGCGGUGAUUUGAUGUCGGGAAGAACGGUUUUCUACAAUUCAAACGAACGGAACACGAUCUCGUGGACCGCACUCAUGUCCGGUUACGCUGCAAACAACCGGUUCGACAUGGCUUUGAAAUCAAUCGUUUGGAUGCAACAAGAACGGUUCAAGCCCGAUGUAGUAACCAUCAACACAGUCAUUCCCGUUUGCGAAAAGCUCAAAGCUUUAAAAUCGGGUAAAGAAAUCCAUUGUUUUGCAAUCAAGAACAAUUUCGUUAAACAAAUCGGUAUCACCACAUCAUUAAUGAUGAUGUACUCGAAAUGCGGUGUUCAUAAUUACUCCAUUAGACUUUUCGAUCAUCUCGAGAGAAGAAAUGUGAUCUCAUGGACGGUUAUGAUCGAAUCGUAUAUGGAAUCGAAGAAGUUCGAUGAUGCGAUUAGGGUUUUUCGAUCGAUGGCGGUAUCCAAACACCGCCCGGAUUCGGUGGCGGUUUCGAGAAUUUUUAAGGUUUGCAGUGAACUACGGGCGGUGAAACUCGGGAAGGAGUUACACGGGCAUGUUUUGAAGAAAAACUUCGAUUCGAUUCCGUUUGUUUGUUCCGAGAUUAUAAAGUUUUACAGUGUUUGCGGUGAAAUUUCUACCGCGAUUAGGGUUUUUGAGGGGGUUUCGGUGAAGGGUUCGAUGACUUGGACUGCAGUCAUCGAGGCGUACGGGUUUGCUUCUUGUUAUCGACAAGCAGUUGAUGUUUUUAACGAGAUGAUGGCCCAUGGGUUUUUGCCAAACCGGUUUACUUUUAAAGCGGUUUUGUGUGUUUGUGAAAGAGGUGGAUUGGUGGAUGAGGCUUUACGGGUUUUUCAGUUGAUGACUCGAAGAUAUAAAGUUGAAGUAACCCAAGAAGAUUACUCGAGCAUUAUUAGGGUUUUGAAGAAUUCGGGUCGAACUGAUGAAGCCGAAAGGUUUAGUCGAUUGAGGGCAUCUUUGUAA